AUGGCACCUCAAGACACCGCAGGACGGAUACCCAAGGAUGGGCUCCUUGCCUCGAUCUCGGUUCUUCUUGUUCCGGCAGUUCUAGGCGUACUUUUGCGCCUGUUCAUCAUUAUUCGUGUGCAAAAGCAGAGGAUAUCUUUGGAUGACUACUUAUUGAUUGUCGCUCUCGGCUUUCUCUUAGCCAGUAUCAUCAUAAUGUAUGCGAAGGUGAUCGAUGGUAUGUAUUUGACAUGGGCAAUUGAACUAGGCAUGACAAAUGUCACUAUCCCCACCGAUAUCGUCGAAGUCGGAUACAAAUUUCACUUGUAUAGUGAUGUCUGUCUGUUGAUCUCGUGGUGUUCUUUCAGCGCCGUCAAACUAAGCUUUCUUUUCUUUUUUAAGAAGCUGAUUGAUCGGAUGCGAGUCUGGCAAAUUUACUGGCGGAUGGUCUUUGCCUACACAGUUUGUGUUCUGAUCUAUGGAGCCUUGGUUUUCUUUGUUAGCUGUCCUUUCUUCAACAGCCCCAAGGAGAACGCAUGUAACGUCGGGAAAAAGAAGGAUCAGAUCGUGCAGGAGUCAAUUUCGCUCGCAGUUCUUGAUGUCGUGGGUGACGCUUUAAUUCUGGCCAUUCCAAUCAAUGUAAUUUGGAAAAUCCAAGUCCGUUGGGGACAAAAGAUCUUCCUGAGCUUUUCUCUAUGCUUGACCGUCAUAAUGAUUAUACUUUCAAUUAUUCGAGUAUGUGGACUUGUAUACCACGACUUGGUUGACACCGUUUGGGAGACUUAUUGGCAGUUCUUGAGUGCCGAAAUUGGCGUCUUCUUAGCCUCGGCUGUCUCAUUCCGGUCGCUCUUUGUGUCUCGAAACAGAUCUAAUGCCAGCCCAAACUACUCGGUCAAAAGAUUAUUCAAAGACUCUUUUCACUCGCCAAAGCGACGUAACACCAUGUCUGUUUCUGACUCGUGGUUGGACUCACCAGAGAGCGAGAUGAAGUCGUUGCCAAAACACGUCUUCAUAGGGGAUGGGAAUUAUAUGAGCAGUCCUACUACAGUCGGUGCAAGUAAUGUGGACUUGGAGUCCAACUGGAUGGUAGAGGCUACUGAAGUCCUCUUGCGACCGAGCCCUGCUAUCGUGAAACAAUCUCGCGAUAGAACCGCUCUGCAUGAGAAUGUUUGA